AUGAGCGCCGUGUCCGCUAGUGCGACGCGCGCACAGCUGGCGGGCUAUGAAGAGCCUGUCGAGAGCGAGGACGAGUGGGCUACCGUUGAUCUACCCGAGGAGAUGCGUGAGGCAUACGGUUCGCAUUGCGUGUCUAGCUUUGCCGCCGACGAUGACCGCGCCGUACUGGGUUUUCAGCCACUUGCCCGCGCAGAAGACGAGGCGCUUACUGAGGAGCUGGAUGGUGUGAUCGGACGCCUGGCGGACCCAGAGCCUGCCACUCCACCAACAGGCCCGAGCAUCCCAGACCCAUUGAUUGAACUGUUCGAGGCAUUCAUCUACGAUUCUCCUGUGGUGGACAAGCAGCCCAAAUCUCCAGGUGUGGAGCACUGUACGCCGCCAAUAGCCCCUUCCUCCCCCAAACCCACUAGUAUUCAAUCUGAGGUCACAACCUGCGUGCGGUCAAGCCCGUUGCCUCCAUCGUCAUCCACAUUGCCAUCUACAACAUCCGAGGCGGGGGUGGUUCCAGCGGCGCCAGUGGCACCGGCCAAUGACCUUUCCGUGAAGGAUACCCCUCCCCUGCCGCCUAACCAUGACAGGAGCAUACUUAGUGACCAAGAUGGCUGUUAUCCGUUUUGCGGAGAAUAUUCUGCCCGACCUUCGUCCACGCUCCAAGUCGAGGCGUCAACCGAAGCUCCUGCACCUUCGCUCGAGGGACGACCGAGUGAGGGCGGCGUGGUGGACACGCUCGAAAUGCCUGUGGACCAUGAGACGCCACGCUUCAUGGCAGCUACCACUGCUACCCCUUCUCCUGCCGAGUCGCUGCGGGAGCCGGACAACAUUGACGCUGGCUCGCCUGAAAUAGCCGCGUCCAGAACCGCGGAAGAGUCCCUUGCGACCACUGAUAACGGGAAGGACCGACUUGCCUUACCUGUGGCAGAGGCUGUCAGUAUCAUCCCCGCUGUCAGCACCCCAGUGUCCACGCCGACUGCCAUUCCCCUCACAUCCGAUGACUCCGACGGCGAGUGGCCAGAAGUGGAAGUCGAGGGCGCUACUGAGAGCGAACCAGAAGAAUUUACGUCGAAGCAUGGCGUCGAGGACGGAACUCUAACGAAGGACCCCGUGGACGAGGCGUCAGAAGACAACGUGCAGUCGAUUACGCCUUCGAGCCCUCCUUGCCAUGGCGUUGCCGAUGCCGAAGGCAUCAACGGGGAACUUCUCCUUUCGUCCGUCGCCACUGAUACCGAAAGUGCCGACGUCUGUCCAGACCACGGUACGUUCGCAGUACCUCUUCCGAGAGAGGGAGUUGCUCUAGACAAUUCCACACCGGACGACAUCCGCCACAAGCCAGCCGCCAAUGAGACCGCUGUCAUACCAACGCCACAGCCGAGAUCAACAAUACUUACCAACAUCGCCGCACCCCGCGCACUCAGUGACUGGCUCUCACACUUCGUGCCGCCCAGCCCGUCCCCAUCUGACUGCACUGAGUUAGCGCAGACAUCGACGUCGCACACACCAAGUACCAGGGUGCCUUCAGAUUCUUUACCCUUCAGCCAAAGCGAAGGCAGCGCUGAUUCGGCCGCCACUGCCACGGCGUCACGCACUUCGCCUGAACCAGAUUGGCAUCCUGGCAGCCUUGCCCAGUCCGACGAGGGCGAUAAUUCAAGCAGCAGUGCGCAGCGUCGACUGGGCUCGCCCAUCCGCACCUCGGGAGCCCCCGCAGAACUCGAGGCCGCAGAGAUCUCUGCCCUUUCCGUUUGCGAACCAGUAUCACCUCCCUCUGUCGGCACCACUCCUGGUAAUGCCCUGACAUACGCUGAGACGGACACGUCAAGCGAGACAGUUUCAGGUGACUGCCACAGCUCGAGUGAAGCGCGGGUGCAGCCGUACCAUUCAUCCAGCCCUGGCGGCUCCUCUUCAUCUCCCCCGCGCCCCACAAACCCCUCUAGCAGCGAUGGCCAGUCUUCAACCACGACGGUCUUGGACUAUGCCCCUGGUUCCUCCUUGCACCCGGCUGCAAAGGCAGAGGCGGCCGCAACGGACGGAUGUCUUAAGACCGAGUGUGCGUCAGAUGUGGACCAGGCUUCAUCGUCCAUUUCCAACCUCGGUGGGGUCGGCGGCGACCUCCCCCAUGCCAACCCUUGUCCAUUUCUACAUCCUGAUCUCGAUACUGUGACCACGGCAGCUCAUGUGGCGGGAGAUGCGGCAUCGCAGGGGUCUGCAGGCUCUAAAGCUCCUGUCCUAUGCAGAUCAGCGCCGUCCGAGUCACGCCUCACAUCAUCGCCGACGGGACAGCUAUCCGCCGCGGAUACCGUUGACACCCCUGGCCUCAACAACCUAUUCCCCACUCAUGCGCACACAUUGUCUGGAGGGGCGCCGCGCCGGCUCCACGACGACUUCACAGAAUUCAAUCGGCCUGCCGUCGAAGGCCAGACUGGGAGUCUCCCACAACUUCAUCCAGUCUAUGGGGUGUGGGGAUGGCCGCCCACUAACGUUCCAUGCAACCCCCGAAGUAGCCUCAACCUGACUCUGUCCAGUGCCAGCCGCAGAGCGUCGGGAAGCUCCCCACGAGAGUCACUCGUCCCAGCUUUUUUGCCACGCGACCUUGCCACGUCCGGUCGACUGCGCGUUGUGCCCCACACAUCCGCCAUACGCCACACUGUUGAUUGCCUCGAGGACCAAGAGUCUCCUCUCUCUUUGCACUGUACCACAUCAUCCGAGGCAUUGCGGACCAUCCCCCUGCGGCCGUGCCCUAAUGGCAAUGGAUCUUUCUCGGGGCCCGUGGAGAGGGUCGGACAUAGCGCUGAAGUGCUGAAGUGUUGGGAUGAUGAGGGAAGAUAUGCCUCGGAGGAGGACGAGGUUGAUGAUCUCAUUCCGAUGAUGAGCGCUGUAGGUUUAGGCAGGCUGGGAGCAUCUCCAGUGCCCUCCAGCGUCGACGUCCCGGAAAAGGAAGCCGAGCGGAAAGAAGAUGUUCAUCAAGCUGUCAGAAGCCCGUUCGUCCCCAUCCUCACCACCAUGCCCACGAACACGACAGCCCGUCCUCGGCGAAAGCGAGUGGUACUCUCAUCGACGGCAGCUGCGGGUACAUCUCCAACAGCUACGAGAGACAAGCGCAGCAAGCUCACAAGAGCACCAAAGUUCUGGAAGGUGCCACCCGGCAUGGCGACCAGCUCUCUGCCGAGGACGCGGAACGCAUCAAAGGCGCAGGAGGCCGGUAAAGCGCAAGAGACAUCGGAAGAGACGGGGCCACAAGAGGACCCCCAGGCUGGGGAUGCGCAGCAUCCAUUGGGUCAGCCUCGCAGUGUGAAGCCCUCCGUGGAAACCUCGAGGAAGCGGCGGAGACUGAGCCUCACGAGUCGUUCAACCCUCUCUCCCGCACCUGACUCCGAUCACCCACCCGCUCCAACCAAGCGCAAGCGCGGUUCCCAAACGCGAACACAACCAGCAACUUCCUCUUCCAUAACCGAAGACACAGCGGAACCAGAGCAAAGUGCUGCGGACCCGAGCAGUGACACUGCUGGCCCGGCGUUCCGUCGCAAGCGCAUGCGCUGGUCAAAGAAGCUGGUUGGAACUUCGCCAAGAGGACAAGCCAAAAUCGUCUCCAGGCCGACUGCCUCAGGAAAACGUACAGCAGCACACAAAGAGAGCGGGGUGCUGUCUAACGAUACUCAGCGCAGAAAGGCGGCGUCCUCCUCCUCUAUGAAAACUAAGGCCAAGACAGUUCGAGCUGAGGCUGGCCGCGCGGAGGUCCGAGCAUCAAGCCCGGCUCAAGGCAAGGUCAAGAUGAGCUCCAAUGGCUACCGUCUGUGGACGAAGGAGGAGCUCGAGUUUUUCGCCGACUUCUGGCAUGACUGGCACGCGGAACAUCCUGGACAGACGCCCGGUCAGGAUGCAGGCAAGCUUUGCGUCGAGGCGAUGAAGGAUGCAGGCUACAUCCGCAGCGCGAAGAGCGUGCUGAUGCGGUAUCGCAAAGACCAGCCUUGAAUACAUGCAUCAGUAGAUCAUGUAGACAUAACGUUGUAUGAUCCUCUUGCUGUAGAAUCACAUUCUGUUGAUGUUCGUGCGUCCAUGCAUCCUG